AAGCAAAAGCCCCAGUGCCCGUGGCUCCGGGGUGUGGGGCUGCGAUGGCGUCUGCUCUGGACGUGUCCAGCCUGGCCGAGGACCUGCUCUGCCCCGUCUGCCUGUCUCUGUUCCGGGAGCCCCGCACGCUGGAGUGCGGGCACAGCUUCUGCGCCACCUGCCUGGAGCCCUGCGUCCCCAAGGGGCAGCACCGGGGGCUGUGCCCCGAGUGCCGGCGCCCCUUUUCCCUGCACAGCGUGGCCACUAACUGGGCCCUGUGCAGCCUGGCGGAGAAAGCACGGCUGCUCAAGCUGGACGAGGGGGCCCAGCCGGGCGGAGGCGGGUCUGGAUGGUCCAUCUGCGUGGAGCACGAGGAGCCCCUCAAACUCUUCUGCAGCCAGGACAAGGGGCCCAUCUGCGUGAUCUGCCGGGACCUGCCCCAGCACCGCGGCCACAUCUUCCUGCCUGUCAAAAACGCCGUCCAGAAAUAUCAGGACAAGCUGAAGGCAUCUCUCAUCCCCCUGAAGGACAAUCUGAAUUCAGCCACCAAGGACCAGCACCACCAGCAGAAGAACAUAGCAGAACUGGAGAGCUGCACCCAGGACCUCUUGGGCUAUAUCGCCAAGGAGUUUGGGGUUCUCCACCAGAUCCUGCAGGAGAAGGAACAGGGCAUGAAAGAGAUCGUGGAGAGGCUGAAGGAGGAGAACCGGAUGGAGAUGGAGGAGAGGCUGAAGGAGCUGGAUAAAGAAGUGACCUUUCGUAAAGAGACCCUGUCCAGGGCCCGGGCAGAGAUGGACACCUCCGAUCACAUUACCUUCCUCAGAGGCAUCAAGGAGCUGAUGAGAAGAGUCCGAGAGGAUCAGUCGAGCCGUGGUGGGGAGGAGGAAGAGGACAGUGCAAGUGACGAAGGGUCCAGCAGCGAUGACGAUGAUUGCAUUGAUGAAGAUGCAGAUGUGGCUAAUGGUGAGGAGGAGGAGGGAGAUGAAGAUGAGGCUAAUGGCGAGGAGGAGGAAGGAGAUGAAGAUGACGAUGGGGAUAUCGUUGCUGUGGACCCGGCUCUCGAGGAAUUCAAGGACUCGCUGGACUUUGAGGCCUGGCAGGAAAUGCUGGGGACCAUCCAAGCAGCCACUGUCCAUGAUGGGGAGGUCACACCUGUCACAUGGAACUGACGACCACCUGGGGUGCAUCUGUGGGGCCAAUCCCAGCCCUCGGAGAUUCCGAUUCAGAGGAAAAGCUGCCAUAUAUUUUGAGGAGGAGAUUUGGUGGAGGGCGAAGGCGCCAGGAUCCAGUCUCUCUAGCCUGCCAGCGUGAGGAACAUGCCAUGGAAAUGUACUCGGAUUGCCCAGCAGGCAGGACACCGGCAUUUCAUUGCGUGUUGCAUGAGUAGCUGAUUCUGUCGAGUCUUUGGCUGAUAUUAACCUGGUUACUAGGACAAUUUCAAAGUGGUGUAUCAAAUAAACCAGAGCUCAGAACAGAA